AUGUCUUCCUCUACUCGCCCCUCUCAUCCCCGCCAGGCUUCGAUCGACCAACAAGCAUCGCAGCUUGAGGAGAAGCUGGCGCACAGACCCGACAAAGCCACACUUGUCGACCGUAAUAUUCUCAAAGAUGACAAAGGCCUCGCCCCAGCGCUCGUGGCCGCCAAAGAGAAACUACAGCGUUCGCAAUUGGAAGACCAAUUGGAGAAGGCCAUCGCAAGUCGCCCAACUCGCGAGCAGCUCGAGAAGGAUGGAAUCUUGCCCACUGAAGAGCCCGAGGCUGCUCCAGCUGCUCCGUCGGCCUGA